AUGGAAGCCAAGUUCUUCCGGCUUCUUAAGGUUGUGGGGGUCGGUUUCAAGGCGAGGUCAGAGAGCCAAGGCCGUAAGCUGUUCCUGGAACUGGGCUACAGCCACGAGGCCCACGAGGUGCGGUUCACCGCCCCGCCCGCUGUCCGCGUCUUAAUCUGCUGCAUCGGCAUCGACAAGGACAGGGUUCACCAGUUCGCCGGCGCCGUCCGGAGCUGCAAACCCCCUGACGUGUACAAGGGGAAGGGCAUACUGUACAUCGACGAGGUCAUCAAGCGGAAGUGGGGAUGAAAAUGUCGGAAAUGAUCGAUAGAAAGUUUCACCAGUUUCAGUUUCAUAUUUUUUGACGAAAAUAAGAACGAAACGAUACGAUAUUUAGAAUGGUGUCGCUA